GUUAUAACUUAUUGAUCAACCAAAAAAAAUAUAUAUAUAAAAAAAUAGAAAUCUCAUUUGAUUAUAAUGAUGAGAUCAUCAUGAGAUCGACCAGAAAACAAUACUGAAUACGCUAACUAAUAAGGUACGUCCUUGGUCCUGGUUAAGUUACUCUGAACAAAAAGGUAACCUCCAGACAGUAUUACGUACGCCAAAAUUUGUACUUCUCCAUAGGAACAGAAGUAAUGGAUGUAUACAUUGUCCUAUAAAUUUUAAAGCUACUGCUUCUGUUCUUAUGGAGAUUAGAGAUUACCUUUUGGGUUUUUGAGCCAAAAUCAUCUUAAUUUAAACUUAUAAGUGUGGGUUAAAUGAAUUCAUAUAGUGGCUUAAGAAUCUAUUGCUUUGGAUUCAUUUCAAUGAACAAGCAUAUAAGCGUCAUAAGUUCAGUCUGGUUUCGUCUAGUGACAGUGCAUGAAAGAAAACGUUCUCUAAAUCCUUAACGUGACGUUACAUUGCAUUGCUCGUAAGAGAUAAUUAAUUUUUUUAUGAUAAUUACGUUUAUUAGUUACUAUUUGCACCCAAAAAAAGUUUACUAGCUACUAUUUAAGUUAUGUUGUGUUAUGCUUUGGGAAAUACGAGCAUUGUAGCAAAAUACAGUCAGGUUUUAGCUUGCGUGAGCGUAUAAUUUCUUUUCUCUUUUGUCUUUUAGCAAAUAUUGAAGGUCCAAUUAUGUGUGUACGUAUAUAAUAAUACACAAAUUAUACUGGAUUAUAUAUAUAUGUGCCGUGUACAUGUACGUAUUUUAAAGCAUAUAAAAGAGCUAACGUCCGUAUUUAUAAUUUCUGGUGUUCGUUUGCGCAUUAGAGAGAAAAUUACUAUAGGGAUUAGGAUAAUUUACUUUGUCAUUUUAUUAUUCUGAGGAAGAAAAAAAUUGAGGUCAUCUUAAUUUUAGCAUUAAUUAUUUUGGAAACCUCUUUCUUUGUGAAUUACAAAAGAUACAUUCUUGUGAUGAAAGGUAUAUGUAGCUUCAAACUUCAAAGCUUACUAUUUUUGGAUCCAAAUUUAAAGCUUAUUAAUUUAUUUCAGCACAUAUAUAUAUAUACAAGUCUUUGUCGAAUACAUAGUGAAAAAUGAAAAUAGUUGGAUUGUACUUGUAACGGUCCUCUUAUGUUAAAACUAGAUUAACCUCCAUGAUCAAAAGCGGUAUAUAUGUAUGAUGGGGCUCUUCUGUUAAAACACGUUUUUUGUAAGUACAGUUUAUUUAUUCGUUUAACAAAAUAAAUAUUUACUUUCGGGAUGCUAAACGUUUGAUUAAAUUUCAGGAUGCUAUAUAUAUGUUUUAAGUACAUCUUCUGAACUCUGAUGUCAGCAAAAUCUUAUAUACCAUUAAGCCACGUACAAAACUUUACGUACAAAUAUCAAGAAAAAUUAAUAGCUAGAGAAGGUUAGGGUUUGGAGGGUCUCGUGGGCUUGUGAUCUCAAACAAAAUAGUUUGCGUGUCCUGGUGUGCUUAGAACUAGAUUUAUACCAAUAAUGAACAACCAUAUCGAGACUUGGUUAAAUUUAGUUGUGUACCUAAAUACCUAAUAGUUCAGAUGUGUCAUUAGUCACCAGUAAUCCAUACUAUUGUAUAUAGAACUGUCUGCCCGAUCAUAUAUAGUUGGGUCAACGUAACAUUAUAAAUUAUAUUUUACAAAUUAUAUUUUAAAAAUUUAAAUAAUUAUACUAAUAGCGCAUAAACAUACACGAUUCACAAGUCCCAUAUAAUGUGUUACUCAACAUAAGUUAUUCCAUGACAAAUAAGGACAUGUUUGCUUGCGGAAACCUACUCAAGAUAGUGGUUCGAACUGCGUUCCACGGAAGUUCGAUCAAACAGCGAUGCAAAACUUUAUAUGAAAAUAGUAGAAUAACAAAAAAAACAAAAAUAGUUAACUCCUGAUCAUAUAUAAUUCCUUUUUUAUACCAAAAUUCAAAACCAACAACGAGAAGUCGAGAACUAUAGUAAGAUUGUAAAAAUCAGAGUGAAAUGUAAAUAGAAAAUAUGCGUCAAUGACAUUUAUCUGAGAGUUAUAGUCUAUUCCCUAUUUGAAUAUUUAGCUUUUAUCCUGAAUUAUUCUUUUGGAUGCUUUACAUUGUCAACAUGAAUUAGUUGCAGCAACUUUUAUCCCACACAUUGCUUCACAAACUUAAACAUCUUCUUCUCCUCCUCCUCGUUCUUUCUUCUAGCUUUUACCAAGGGCAUUUUCGUUAUAUUGUUCUUUGAUAGGAUUAAAUCAUUAAAGUCAAAAGGACAUGUCAUGAAAGCUAUGUAAGAUCUCUUUGUUCCGACAAGACACAAGACAAAGACGAAAGCCUCUUCCAUGUUUCUAUAUAUAAAUCAAAGAACAAAGCAGUUACCCUCAUUAACCAAGCCUUCCCCAUUCUUCUCCCUUUUUUCAAAUUUCUUUCAUUCUUACAGCUAUAGUAAAAUGGGAAGAUCACCGUGUUGCGAUGAGAGUGGGCUAAAGAAAGGGCCAUGGACGCCAGAAGAAGAUCACAAACUGAUAAAUCACAUACGAAAGCACGGUCAUGGAAGCUGGAGAGCUCUUCCAAAGCAAGCCGGUUUAAACCGGUGUGGGAAGAGUUGCAGAUUGAGAUGGACUAACUACUUGAGACCAGACAUCAAAAGAGGAAACUUCACUGCUGAGGAAGACCAAACCAUCAUCAACCUUCAUUCUCUUCUUGGAAACAAGUGGUCGUCCAUAGCUGGUCAUCUUCCAGGAAGAACAGAUAACGAAAUAAAAAAUUAUUGGAACACGCAUAUUAGAAAGAAACUUCUUCAGAUGGGGAUCGAUCCGGUGACCCACAGGCCAAGAACCGACCAUCUAAACGUUCUAGCCGCUUUACCGCAACUUCUAGCCGCCGCAAAUUUCAAUAACCUCUUGACUCUAAAUCAAAACAUACAAUUGGAUGCAACAAGUGUUGCAAAAGCCCAAUUGUUACAUAGUAUGAUUCAAGUCCUCAACAACAACAACAACACUACCCCUUCUUCUUCCUUUAACAUUCAUCACACCAACAAUAACAUCUUUAGUCAAUCUUCUUUCUUAGAGAAAAGACCAAAUAUAAGUGAAAAUCUCUAUGAUCCAGCCCAAAGCCUCUCUCACAUUGACCACCAGCCUUUAGAUUCGUUUUCUAGGCUGCCUGGAUUAUUUCCUCAUCAAAAUGAUCAAGAUAUGAUUCCUCCAAUGAUUUCGGCCUCUUCUGAUGAGUCUAAGCAAACCCAAAUGAUGAUCAAGAACAAGGAGAUUUUAAAGCAUAGUGAUCAAACUUCAAACCCUUCAUCGACCUCAACGUUCACACAAGACCAUCAGCCAUGGUGUGACAUAAUUGAUGAUGAAGCAAGCGAUUCUUUUUGGAAAGAAAUCAUAGAGCAAACUUGUUCAGAGCCUUGGCCAUUCCGUGAAUAGAAACGAGAGAAACACACUAGCAUAUUAAUUUCUGUGGAUAUAUAUUUACAUAAUAUAUUGUUGUUUGUUAAUUAACUUUCAGACAUGUCUUAAAUUUUCUUUCUUAUUUUUUCGACCAUGUAUACAUAACAUUGAUACUGUACAAAACUGAUUAUCAUACGUUUGUAUUAUUUUCUGUAAUUUUUUUGGGAAAUAUGUAUAGUACUAAUUCACAAUGUAUACGAGCUUACACCUCUAAAUUAGAUAAAUUAAUUCAUGAUUGAAAUGGCCAUCAAGAUAAUGUUUGUUGAUUUAAAUUAGAGAUCAAUUUUUCUUUUAUUUCUCUCAGUUUCAAAUUUAGUUGGGGAUGGUUAAGAAGAAGUGAACUAAUAAAGCCUUGAAAGUGACACCAACCUAGUUUUAUUUGACUUUAAGAGGAGACAAAGGAGAUGUACAAGUAUUAUAAAUAGAUGGUAACAUAUAAACAUCAUUGUACAUCUCACAUCGUGGCCACAUCAUGAAUUUCAAAAAUGUACGUAUAUACAAAACAUAUUUCAUUUCAAUUCUCGAGUGAUUAGGCGCGACACACAAAUACAAAUACUAUUAGCGCGUUCAAUGAGGAUACUGCGAAACUAAUCGAAGGAAAUGAAUUAUAUUGAUAACACAAAAAUCACAAUGAAUUAAACUAAUUUGCAUAUAGUCAUCAUAUCUGAAAAUUUGAAAUCUAUCGUAUUUAGUAUUUACAUAUAGAUUUUUUAGCACUGAGGGGCUCUUUUCGUUUAACAGAGACAAUCAAGGUUAAUUUCUUUUUGGUUUAAAAAUAAAUAAAUUCAUUUUGGUUUUUAUUUAUAUAAUUAAGCAGAAUUUAUAUAAUUACACACGUUUAUUUUGAGUCUGGUUCAGUUAAGAAAAUAUGAUUUGCAUCAACCAAUGUAUCACAUUUCCGAUAUAGCUGCCUCUGCUUUUUAUUGGGUAGGGUGGAAUAUUUUGGGAUAUAUAUUUGCAAGAACAAAUGUUUAGUUUAAGUAAAAAACUUUAUAGUCAAAGCAAAAGUUGACAUUACAAUACAUAGUUCAAAUUAAACACCAAGGUUAUUCUUUGAUAAAGAUUGUGACAGGAGAGUCAUAAACGGAGAAACGUGUAGUAAUAUACUAACACUAGCCUAUUUGGCUAGUCGGUCGCGUUAUUCUUUUUUUAAUAAUUAAUUAUUUCCAAAAAUCGGCACUAAGAUUUUGCUUGUGGAUAACGAUUUCGAGAAAUAUGAAAUAUUCAAUCACACUCGUAAGAAACAUUGUCGGGGACAAAAAUAGAAACCGCACCAACAAAAGUAGACUACAUCUGAAACACCCACACACACCAUAAGUGAGAUCGAGCAACCGAAACCUUUCGAACCAAGGCAAUAAAAAAAUAGUUUAAUCUUAUUAUAAUUUGACAAAGCAGACAUUUUAAAACAAUCAAAAGAAGAAAACAUAGCCUCGGUUAUGUUUCACUGUCCGAGUUUCAUCCACUAAACUCCUCUGCUCAUCUUGCAUUGUGUUAUGUGCGUAAAACAAAUGUUCACCAUCACAAACUCCUAAAGUUUCAAACGAAUAUAUCACUUUGAUGAAUACCGCAGGCUUGGUUAUUCCUUAGCUAAAGCAAACCUCCAGCUUGCAGUGCUCUCUGCUUCGAGCUCAGUAUUCUCUUACAAAUACAAUGAAUAUAUGUCUAAUAAUAUAGUUGCUGAGACACCAUUUACGUCCAUAAAAUGUUAUUUAAAAUUGAAUUUGAACUAGAUUUAUUGAGAUAUAAAUAUUAUAUCAUUUCUGUACUAAAAUCAUAAUAUAUUAUGUUAGAUUCGGGUUUAUUAUGGACUUCCAAUUCAAAACCAAUUGGCAAUUAGUGGAUUGGCCCUAACCCUUUAUAUAUUACUUAAUGUCCCAUUGAUUUUCUAAUGUGGGAUACAUAUCCCUUAAUACCCCUCCUCGAGAUGAUGGCUCCUAUCGGCCAGAAAUCUCGGAACUUUAAGACAAUUAUACUCGGUCGAGCGAGUCAAUUACGACAUAUAUAUCCGGUCGGGUAGGGUUAAUAUUAAUUAGGGGUUUAACUUAUUAGGAUCUGGGCUCUGAUACCAUGUUAGAUUCAGGUUUAUUAUGGGCUUGCAACUCAAAACCAAUUGGCAAUUAGUAGAUUGGCCCUAACUCUUUAUAUAUUACUUAAUGUCUCAUUGAUUUUCCAAUGUGGUAUACAUAUUCCUAAAAAUCGAGAUGAUGGCUCUUAUCAGCCAGAAAUCUGAGAAACUUUUUUUAAGACAGUUAAUGAGAUAACUAUGUCUGAUAUAAAAUAAUAUUAACAAUGAGCCAGAAAUCUCGAAAUCUCAUAUGAUUUAAUUAUAAAAUAACAAUGAGAUAACUAUGUCUGAAACGAUCCCUUAUUUAAUGUAAGUUCAAAAUAGAUUUUGACAUUUUCUCUUCCGCGGAAUGGUUUAUCACCACCUUUUUUUUUUCAAAAUAGACUUUCUAACCUCUUAUCCAUUGACCGGUUUAACCGUUUAAAACAUCCCAUGUAUGCUGUUUUUCUUUUGGCCAAAUCAUCCCAUGUAUCUAACAGAAGGAAUCAAGAAGUGGUUGAUUCCAUGUGAAUUGAAUGCUCCGCCAGUAACCGGGUCAACCCGAUUUUUUCCAGUAAAACCUAGAAAAGCUCCCGAUCCGAAAACCCCACUUGGUUGCAGGGUCCUCUAUAUACACUGAAGAGCUGUGGUUUCCUUCGACGUUAUAAGGUGGCUCAGAUUUGAACAAGGAUUCGGUUAAAGCUGGAUUGGCGGUGACGUCGGGUAAACCGGUGGCUAGCUUAAUAACCAAUGCAUCCGCUCCUAUUUCACCACUUGGUGGUUGAUAGGUCAUGCCAUGUAGACCUUUGUUGGCAAUGUGGAAAGGCCAAGCGCACUCAGCACUCUCCGGGACAUUGCAACUCCGGGUAGCUCACUACUACGUACGGUUGUUGUUUCCUUUGACCUGCAUGGCAUUUACGUUACCACGUCAAAUUGUUUUAUUAUUUUUUUUAGAUAAUAAUCUUUUUGGUAAAAUAAUAAUCUCUGAAAACAGAUCAAUUUUCCAAUAUAAUGCGAUUAACAAGGAGAAACUCAAACCUUUAAUACUACCAUUGAUGGUAAGGGCGUAAGUUUCGUUACAAAUCCCUAAUCCGUGAGCCCUCUCUUUCUGGACCGGUGUGAAUUGUCCAUACCAGAGUAAAGAGAGAUUUAAGGUUCCGUUUUGGGAUUUGCGGAGAGGACUCACGAGAUAAAUUAAGAGAGAGGCACGAAGAGGAGGAAUGUAAUGACGGACAAGACGACGUCAUUGCCACCACAUUGAGAAAAAUUUCUUUCUUUUGGCCUUGCAUGGUUUUUUUUGGGAGAAAGUAUACAAUAUUUAUUCUUCAAGCUAUUUUUUUUACAUCAAAAGGGUGGGUAGAUUUUUUCUUCUGUAUAAUCGCAUAUGAAGCAAACUAGCUAUUUUUCAAUAAAUCUAACUAUUUUAAGAUGGGUGGUAAAAAAAUCUAGGAACCUCUCCAAUACUCUAAGAGCAACAUUAUCGGGCUUCUAAGCCUCGAUGCUUAGCCCAAUUCGAGUUAAAAUUUAAAUCAAAAAUGGGGAAUAUUAAUAGAAUCGUUUUUUAGGUAAGAAGUUUGUGGGCGCAGUGCUUGUGUCACGUGGCAAGCGGUAAUAGGAAGUUGGAAGCGGUAGAGAGAAGGAGGUCGUUCCGUCUCGAUCCAUUUUCUUCGUCUCCCUCUUCUCUCUCUCUCUCUCUGUCUCUGGAGAAGGCGAUUUCUCGACCAGUGAAGCGGCGUCGCUUACCACACCGAUCGAAAGCUCAAACCCCGCAUCGAAUCUUCAGCAGGUUCGUCCUUCUUCUCUGAUGGGUUUUUUUUGGUUUCAUAAUCAGUGAGAUUGUCGAUCUAAUCUUUUUUUUGGUUUGAUGGCUUUUUGCAUGCGUGGUGAUUGAUCUCGGUGUGCAUAGUCUCACUAAUCUCUCUCACUCGACGGUAGAUUUCGGAGGCCGUCAUCUAUUCUCACCCAAUCCAGAAGGAUCUCGCCGUCGUCCUCCGAAUCGAAACGCUACAAGGUUUGUCUUCUAUCUCUGUUAAUAUUCUAUGUCUGUUCUAGCGAAAGAUUUAGAGGAAUCAUAUAAACUAAUUGAUUGGUUUGUCACUGACUGUUUGGUUGUAUAGUUCGUGUGUAUAGUUUCUGAAUGUUUGAUUGUAUAGUUUCUGAUGGUUUUGUUGGCGAGGAAUGUGAUUGUGAACUGAUCUGUGGUUGCUUGUUGUGUAUUUUAGAUUAAAUUUUGGAUUUUAUACUCGAUUGAGCUGUGGUUGUUUGACAAUUUGAUUGUAUACUUGAUUGAUUAGUGAAUUCGACAAUGAAAACAAAUAAGAAAUUAAACUAAGUAGGUGUGGACAUUUAAGGAAGACGUUGUAGUGAUUGUUGAGGUUAGUUUGGUUUUGUAGUUAUUAGUUUCGAACUCAUAAGCCGUCUGUAACGAGAGCGUCUUAUUUGUUUAAGUAGGUGUGGACAUUUAAGGAAGACGUUGUAGUGAGUGUUGUUAUGCUUGUAACGAGUAUAAGUUUGGCUCUUUGUCAGUGGACUGUAUUUGGUUUCUAACCAAAUGAAAAUCAUAUUUAGUUACUUGAUUGCUUUGAUGGUUGUUAUGGUUGUAAUAACUAUUGAUUAGACCCUAGUAGUUGAUUGUUAGGUCUUUAUUUAAAGCUCUUUGAUGGUUGUUAUCCUUGUCUUUAUGAUAUCUAGUUCUCUUAUUUCUUUAUAUAAUCCGCAACAAGCUUUACUUCUUGUUGUGGUUAUCUCUUUCUCUCUUAUCUCUCCCUCUUGUUUCUCUCUUGUUUCUAUCUUGUUCCUCUCUUGUUUCUCUCCGGUUUCUCUCUCUUUCUUUGAUAAUCCUCUUAGUCAGCUCGAUAAUGGAUCCAGUGAAUCCAUAUAGUGACUCCCCUAGCUAUAGCUAUCUUCUCCACAGUCAAGACUUCCAGUAUGGAAGUUUUCCUUCGAGUCAAAACUUUGGAAGAGGAUCCGAGAUACCUCCUUUUAGUUCACAACAACCCGACGCUCCAGCUUCACGUGAAGACCCACCAGUUGGCUCUAGGGAGAGAAGGCAAUGGACUCCAGCUGAUGACGAGGUUGUAAUAAGUGCGUGGCUCAACACAUCUAAGGAUGCAGUUGUUGGAAACGAACAAAAAUCCGGGACGUUCUGGAAACGUGUUGCUGAGUACUAUGCAUCAACCCCACAUGCUAAAGAGAGUGGUGAACCUAGAGAGUGGCUCCAUCUUAAGCAGAGGUGGCAAAAGAUUAAUGACUACACCAACAAAUUUUGUGGUGCAUACGCGGCAGCAGAGAGACAUAUCAGUUCUGGUCAGAGCGACACUGAUGUCCUCAAGGUGGCUCAUGAUAUUUACUUCGCUGAUCACAAGAGAAAAUUCAAUCUGGAGCAUGCGUGGUGUGUGUUAAGGUUUGAGCAGAAGUGGCUCAGCCUUAACACUCCUAAACCUAGUGGGAGUUCAAAGCGAAACGCUGGAGAGUUUGGUUCGCAAACAUCUAACACUACUGUUGGUGAUGAAGAGGUGCGUCCAGAGGGUAGCAAGGCAGCUAAAGCUAGAAAGAAUAAUACUCAAGGAAUAAAAUCUAUGGCUGAUUUUACGACUGUCAUGGAGUUGAAGAAGGAUGAUCUCCUGCUGAAGGAGAGAUUGUCAAAGCUUGCCAUUCUGGACACACUCCUAGCCAAGCCAGGACCACUAAGCGAGCCUGAGGAAGUUGUGAAGAACAAGCUGCUCGCUCUGUAUUUCUGAAAAUGUUAUCGCAUUUAUUAUGUAUCUGUUUCUUGAAUUCUGUUUUUAAAUUCUGUUUUUUCUGCUUCCAUGUCUAAUGUAUUUCUGCUUCGGAGUAAUGAAAAUGUUUCCUUAAAUUAUUGUUUGGUGAUGACUUGUGUUAUGUAUAAUGUACUAAUGAAAUAAAUGUUUUUGCAGGUUUAUUUAAAAUGGGGAUAUAUAGUUACAGCCAACCUUCAGAUUCUGCAGAGUAUGGUGGAGAGACAUCUGAGUACAGCGAGACGGAAGACCUCAUCCGUCGUGACCAGGAAGAGUUGAGCUUGCAAUAUGGUGACACGGCUCAGUACCCUCCGCAGUACCCUCCACAACCGGAGGUGGAGUUUGGAUUCCCCCAGGUUUGCUACUGUGGUGGUGCACCAAAGUUAGCUACAUCAUAUACUAGGCUUGAUCCAGGGAGGAGAUACUACACCUGCGAGCACAUGGAUGAUGGAGAAUGCCAUGUGUGGAAAUGGUGGGACGUCGCAGUCAUGGAGGAGAUGAGGGCGAGGGAUAAACAUGUUCUUCAGUUGGAGGAAAAGGUAGACAAUCUGAACCUUCUGAGUGACUAUGAGACAGAUGAGAAGGUGCUUAGGCUAGAGCAGUUAGUUUGUGACUUGGCAAAGAAGGAAUCUAGUUUUAUAAAUGGCUUUGAGGUAUUCAUUGGUGUAAUGCUCAUCGUUUUAGUUGUACUAGGGUUGGUGAUCGGAUUGAAGUGAUUCGUCAUUGGUGCAUUGAGAACGUGAUAAUGCUCAUCCUUUUAGUUUCAAGCGUAGUGAACUUUUAAUUAUAAAGACUAAUGUAAUGAAGGAUGUAUCUCUACUGUGAACUUUAAAGUCAGAGUUUUAAUUAUAAAGACUAAUGUUGUAACAAACAUCCCUUCUCACCAUAAAUUGUUGGUCCGUGAAACUUUAAAACAAAAACGUUUCCCUCCUAAAGAAACAUUGUUGGUCUGUGAUACUUGAAAACAAAACAUAUUUUCUCACAAACAAACAUUGAUGUGUAAGACUCACGAGCGUUUGUUUUUUAUUGCCACAACAAAACAAUAUAGAAUCACAAGUUGUAUAAUUUAAAUCACACUAGUAUCACAAGAUACACUUAUUUCAUUCUAUAAAUAUGAUAGAUCGUUGGAAAUUUUAAGACAUCCCUCUUCUUAUACCAAAUCUUCUUCUCUAUCAUAAAUUUUAAAUUUUUUUUUUUCAAAAAUCAAAUGGCAUCUUCUUCUCAUUAUCACUACCACAUAAAUGAUGAUGAUGAAAUCGAUUCCAUGUUAGAUGAUUAUGCUGAAACCUUUGAGCUUAUUCCAGAACCAAAAGAGCGAAAGAAACGUAUUUUUAUCGAGAGGCACCGAGAAGAAGGCCACCAAAUGCUCUGGGAUGAUUACUUUAGCGAGACUCCAACUUACACGCCCCAAUUAUUCCGGAGACGGUUUCGAAUGAACAAAUCAUUGUUCCUGCGUAUUGUGCAUCGUCUCUCUACGGAAAUACCGUAUUUUAAACCAAGAGAAGAUUGUACCGGCCGGUCUAGUCUAACACCGCUACAAAAAUGUACUGCAGCAAUUCGACAGUUGGCAUAUGGCGGUGCAGCUGAUUCACUUGAUGAGUAUGUCCGACUUGCUGAAACGACAGCUCGGAAAUGUUUGCACAAUUUUACGAAAGGUAUAAUCAGCUUGUUUGGUGAUGAAUACUUACGACGUCCCACACAAGAGGAUCUGCAAAGACUACUCUAUAUUGGAGAACAACGUGGGUUCCCGGGGAUGAUUGGAAGCAUCGACUGUAUGCAUUGGGAGUGGAAGAAUUGCCCCACGGCUUGGAAAGGAAUGUAUUCACGAGGAACCGAAAAACCAACUAUUGUUUUGGAGGCCGUAGCUUCAAGUGACCUCUGGAUAUGGCAUGCGUUUUUUGGAGCUCCAGGUACUAUGAACGAUCUUAAUAUUCUUGAUCGAUCACCCGUUUUUGAUGACAUUAUUAACGGAAUUGCGCCAGAAGUGAACUUCUAUGUUAAUGGUAAUCCAUACCAUUUGGCAUAUUAUCUCACUGAUGGUAUUUAUCCUAAAUGGGCGACUUUUAUUCAAUCUAUCCGACUUCCACAAAGUGAGAAACAUUCAUUAUUUGCUAAAACCCAAGAAGCUGUUCGAAAAGAUGUGGAGCGUGCCUUCGGAGUUCUGCAAGCUAGAUUUGCCGUAGUGAAAAAUCCAUCCAAAUUAUGGGAUAAAGACAAAAUAUCAAAUAUUAUGAAAGCAUGCAUCAUACUCCAUAAUAUGAUUGUCGAGGAUGAAAGAUCAACAUACUCUCAGUAUAAUGUGAGAGAAUUCCAAGAAAGCGAGGAAGAGGAUACAUUCACCGUUACUCCAAAUUCAAAUCUCGGCACUGCAAUGGAUCGUCGAUCGAGCGUUCGUAACAGGCAAGCCCAUGAACAAUUAAAAUUCGAUUUGAUUGAAAAUAUUUGGGCUAAAUUUCGACAUUUUCCAAAUAACCAGUGAUUUUUAUGUUUCUAUGAAUUGAAUAAAAUGUGUGUUUUAUGAAUUUUUUUUUUUUAUGUAUGGAAUGUAUUAAAAUGUUUGUAAUUUUAAUUAAAUGAAAUUUAUUUCCUCUU